AUGAUUCCCAACGGGGAGACUUCGUUUAAGAAGUUCGACGUGGUGAAUGACUGCAAUCGCGUCGAGUACGUGCGGGGCUCAUCUUCGGAUGACGAGGCUGCAAGUUUUGCAACGCAUCUAUUGUUUAAGGCUCAGACGCAGAUGCGUGAAGCUCUAUGUGAAGAAAAGCGUGGUGGCCAGUUAGAUGACAAACGUGUGAACAGAAUCAUCAAAUCGAAUCUGAAGCGCAUCGCCGAGAAUUUCUAUUUACAGUUUGGCAGCUUGCGCACGAAAAUGGUUGCCAAAACUGUAGACGAGGUGAUAAGAAUGCAACACCAGGAGUCACCCGAGAGCCGGGCUGACCUGUGCCCCGACGACCUGUGGUCUGACGUAGUUCUUCUACCGUCAAUGGACACACAAACGGAAGCGGCGCGAGGAUGGAGGAGUUUGUCGGAGGUACCGUUCCGGGUGUGUAAAAAUCUACAAAUCGACUGGACUAAACUUCCGGAGGUGGCAUCGAAAACAGCUGCAGUCUUUCUCGCCGAAGCGGCGGUGUCAGGUAGUGUCGAUGCAGCGACCAUCAGAAGUGUGCUUUAUCUUUGCGGAGCGAAUUACAUCCAAUUCGCUGAGCGGCCGCGUGAGGAAUGGGUGCCUUGGACAGCAGAAUGCGAACGUGCACUAGUGAAGCAGGAAAAUGAGUUGCAGCAAAGGGGUUGUGGGAGGUUCGUAGGUGUCGGAAAGUGGUGUGAGAUCGACGUGCAAAUUUGUGGAGACAUGUUUCUCAAAUCCAUCUCACGAGACUUCUUGGAAUUCAUACCUUGGAAGCCCUCUACCUUGCCUGGGGCAGGACCCGACAGUCGCACAGCCUACCAUGUGAUUAGAAAGAGCGGUGGACUGUAUGUUGGCGCAGUCGCCAAAGGCCCCAGUUGGUGUUACAACGAGACCGCGAUUCACGAUGAGCUUUGA